ACGGGCGAUGUCCGAGGAAAGAUGGCGGAAGGAGGAGCGGCGGAUCUGGACACCCAGAGAGGAGAGGUCGCGGCGCUGCUGAAAACACAGCUGAGGAAGGGGGACACUUGGUACCUGGUGGACAGUCACUGGUUUAAACAGUGGAAGAAAUAUGUGGGGUUUGACAGCUGGGACAAAUACCAGAUGGGUGACCAGAAUGUCUACCCAGGCCCGGUUGAUAACUCUGGUCUUCUCAGAGAUGGGGACGUGCUCGCCAUCAAGGAACACCUCAUCGAUGAGCUGGACUACAUCCUGGUCCCCACGGAGGGCUGGAACAAGCUCGUCAGUUGGUACGGGCUGACAGAUGGUCAGGAGCCAAUCGCCCGCAAGGUGGUGGAGCAGGGUAUGUUUGUGAAGCACUGCAAGGUGGAGGUGUACCUGACGGAGCUGAAGCUCUGUGAAGACAGCAACAUCGACAAUGUGAUCACCAGACGCUUUAGUAAAGCUGACACAAUAGAUAUGAUCGAGAAGGAGAUGAGGAAGCUGUUCAGCAUUCCUGAUGAGCAGGAGACCAGGCUGUGGAACAGGUACAUGAGCAACACGUUCGAGCCUCUCAAUAAACCUGACAGCACCAUCCAGGACGCUGGCCUCUAUCAAGGACAGGUUCUUGUGAUAGAGCAGAAGAACGAGGAUGGCUCUUGGCCCCGAGGCUCCACGGCUCCCAAGUGA